UUCUCGUUAACUUGGCGGGACUUUUGCUCCCGGCAGCCGCUCGAGUGGAUCCAAUGAGGUGACGCCGCGUUCCGGGCCCGACUACUGAGAGCGAGCCGGUGAUAAGCGAACUAAAGACGGCCACAAGCGUGACAGCACAGAGGCUGCGAGUCCAGGCAAAACCCAGGAACACGAAGCCGAAAGCGGUGUCCUUUUGCUGGUCGCCCCGCCACACUCCGGUCUGAGCCGCCCGCCCGAGGAGAGCUCAUCAUGGGGGAGAAGAGGAUGCUGGCUCCAGUGGCUCUCUUCUGCCUUGUUCUGGCAACGUUGCCUUCUCACACAGUGACAGUAGCUGUCAUGUCAGUUGACCUGGGCAGUGAGUGGAUGAAAAUGGCGAUAGUGAAACCUGGUGUGCCGAUGGAGAUAGUUCUCAACAAGGAGUCACGGAGGAAAACACCCAUUGCCGUGUGCCUCAAGGAAAAUGAGAGACUUUUUGGAGACAGUGCACUGGGAGUGACUGUGAAGAACCCCAAAACUGUAUAUAGGCACCUCCAAAGCCUACUGGGUAAAAAGCAUGAGAACCUCCAGGUGGCGCUCUACCAGAAACGUUUUCCUGAGCACCAGAUGCAGGAGGACCCAGUGAGAGGCACAACUUACUUUAAAAACUCAGAAGAGUUGCAGUUCUCACCCGAGGAGCUCCUUGGGAUGGUGCUCAAUUACUCUCGUGGACUGUCUCAGGACUUUGCUGAACAACCAAUCAAAGAUGCCGUGAUCACCGUCCCAGCCUUUUUCAACCAGGCAGAGCGUAGGGCAGUCUUGCAGGCCGCGCAGAUGGGCGGUCUAAAGGUCCUUCAGCUCAUCAAUGACAACACAGCUGUGGCCUUGAACUACGGGGUCUUCAGGAGGAAAGAUAUUGACAACACAGCUAAGAAUGUGAUGUUUUAUGACAUGGGCUCUGGGAGCACUACUGCCACUAUUGUCACUUAUCAGACCGUCAAAACCAAGGAGUUUGGCACCCAGCCCCAGUUGCAGAUCCGAGGUGUCGGGUUUGACCGUGGGUUGGGGGGCUUUGAGAUGGACCUGCGACUGCGGGACCACCUGGCCAAACUGUUCAACGCGCAGAAGAAGAGCAAGAAAGACGUGAGGGAGAACCAUAGGGCCAUGGCCAAACUGCUCAAAGAGGCCCAGAGGCUCAAGACAGUGCUUAGUGCUAACAUUGACUUCAUGGCUCAGGUGGAGGGUUUGUUGGACGAUAUUGACUUCAAAUCAAAGGUGACCAGGUCUGAGUUUGAAGAAUUGUGUGCUGAUCUUUUUGAAAGAGUGCCUCGCCCGGUGGAGGAGGCCCUCGCUGUUGCAGAAAUGAAACUGGAUGAAAUUGAGCAGGUGAUUUUAGUCGGUGGCUCCACCCGCGUCCCCAAAGUUCAGGAAGUGCUGCUCAAAGCUGUGGGGAAAGAGGAGCUGGGGAAGAACAUCAAUGCAGAUGAGGCUGCAGCCAUGGGCGCUGUGUACCAGGCUGCUGCCCUCAGCAAGGCCUUCAAGGUUAAACCUUUCCUGGUCAGAGAUGCCGCUGUCUUCCCCAUUCAGGUGGAGUUCACCCGUGAGACAGAGGAGGAUGGGGUCAAAACCUCGAAACACAACAAACGUAUCCUCUUCCAGAGGAUGGCGCCCUACCCCCAGCGCAAGGUCAUUACAUUCAACCGCUACAGCGAUGACUUUGCGUUCGACAUCAACUACGGAGACCUCAGCUUCCUGAGUCAGGAUGACCUCAGUGUGUUUGGCUCUGUGAACCUGACCACUGUCAAACUGUCUGGAGUGGGCAGCAGUUUCCAGAAGCACGCAGACGCUGAGUCGAAAGGCAUCAAAGCCCAUUUCAACAUGGAUGAAAGUGGAGUGCUCCUGCUGGAUCGGGUGGAGUCUGUCUUUGAAACAGUUGUGGAGGAAAAAGAAGAGGAAUCAACAUUGACUAAACUGGGUAACACAAUUUCCACCUUGUUUGGUGGAGGAUCUUCAGAACCUGCUCCAAAUGUAACUGAGCCUGUCCAGGAUGAGGAGGAAGUACCACCAGAGUCAGGAAAAGACGAGAAGGACGAGGUCCAGAAGGACGAGGCUGCCAAGGAAAAGCCAGAUGAUUCCGAAAAAAGUAAAAAUACUGAAGAGAAAAGCCAGGAACAGACAGAGGAAGAAGGCAGCAAGACUGAUGCCAAAGAGGAAAAGGAUGGAGAGAAAUCUGGAAACGCUGAGGCAGAGAAGGAGGAGGAGGAGGAGAAGAAGGCAAAACCUCAGAAAAAGGCCAAGAUUUCUGAUGAGAUCACAGUGGAACUGAUCAUCAAGGACAUCUUUGAUCCCACUGCAGAUACAGUCACUUCCUCUAAAAAGAAGCUGCAAGAUUUGACGGACAGAGACCUGGCCAAACAGGAACGAGAGAAGACCCUCAACAGUUUGGAAGCGUUUAUCUUUGAGACACAGGACAAAAUGUACCAGGAGGAAUAUCAGUUGGUGGUGUCAGAGGAGGAGAAGGAGCAGAUCUCUGCCAAGCUGACGGAGGCAUCAGAGUGGAUGGAUGAGGAUGGUUACACGGCCUCCACCAAACAGCUCAGGGAGAAGCUGUCUCAGCUGAGGAGCUUGUGCAAGGACAUGUUUUUCAGGGUGGAGGAGAGGCGCAAGUGGCCGGACCGCCUGGCCGCUCUGAACGGUAUGCUCAACACCUCCAGCUUCUUCCUGAGGAGUGCCAGACUGAUUCCUGAGGACGACCAGAUCUUCACUGAAGUUGAGCUGAAUUUGUUAGAAACCCUCAUCAAUGAAACAACGACGUGGAAGAACGAGACGGUGGCACAGCAGGAGAAACGCUCUCCAAAAGAGCGACCGGUCCUGCUGUCUAAAGACAUCGAGUCCAAGCUGGCACUGCUGGAUCGAGAGGUCAACUACUUGCUCAACAAGGCCAAGUUUGCCAAACCGAAGGCUAAAGCCAAAGCUAAGAACAGCACCAGCUCAGAGAAAAGCAGCAAGGCCAAUAACACAGCUGAGGAGAAGGUCAUCCCUCCCACAGAGGAGAGCACAGACUCAAAGAGUGAAAUCCCAGAGGAGGCUCCGCCGGGCGAGGCCCCGCCUACCGAGAGCACUGUACCCACAGACUCAGACAGCCAAUCACAGCCCUCAGAAGAAACGACAACCACAGCACCAAAGGACAAGGACAAACCUGAAAACCAUAUAGACGAUGAAUUAUAACAGCUGGAACUGGGGGAAAAAUCACUAUAUUUAUUGACAGUGUAUAAAUGUUCAAGUUCCUUCUUGCUCUUUUUUUUUUUUUCUUCUUUUUUUGCCCCGGUCGUUGAACUUCUGGGAGCUGAAUGGAUGAGGACCGAAGUCCACACUCAUCUUCUUCCCAGAUUUGUCUCUUCUCGCCCUUCAUCUCUUUUACUUUCAUGGAUUCUGUAAGCAAUGGACACUUGCAACACGAGGAACCAGUCAAAUAAAAAUAGAGCCCCACACUGUGUGUGCUGUGAUAGAUGCACGGUCCAAAAGCCCCUCUCACGUCCAACAGAUGGUUUCCUAAAUGCUGAUCAGGCCUUAUAGAAAUAACAAUUGACAAGAACGAGUGCUGUAACAGUCGUCAUUCGUAAACUUCUCAUUUCCUGCUUGGUCCUCUGCACUGUAUCCUCAACCAUGCUGUGUUGUUGAGAGAUUAAUGUUUGUCCUAACACCUGCCCUUUACUUUCACUGACCUGUCAUGGAUUGAGUGCACUAGAGUCCUCUAGAGGAAACUCUGAGGGUAGAUAUAUUUUUAUUUUUUUCCUCCAAGCCCAAAAAUGUAUUUUGUACAUUUUAGAGAAAUUUGUAGAAAACAGACAAAAGGUAGAAGCAAAUCUCAAACACAUACAGUUUAUGUAAAAAUGUAUUGUAAGUACAGUGGAUUGGUUAAAAUGGAAAGCAUCUCUAAUCUGGUGAAUAAUAAUUGUUGAUAUGGCUGUGUGGCAUAAUAUCCAAAGUCCCACUGUAAUUUCUCAGUGAGCAGCAGAAUAAGAAGGAUCGUGAUUUAUUGAUUUAUUCCUGACCAGUGAUGCUGGUAUAAAUGUGCAUUGUAUAUAAACAUGUGGAAACUACAUGGUUGAGAAUAGGUGUCUAUCCAUCAUAAGUCACUUGCAUUUAAUUUCUUUAGUAAGCUUACCUGAUUGGAUUUAAUGACGAAUGCCCAAUAUUACACACCCUGAAGUCCAAAUUCACCUCGUCCCCCCCCCCCAAACUAUUUGCUCUAUUGAAUCAUGAUUACCUCAAAAAACGCAGUUGCCAAAUAGGAAACAUGUCAAAUUUAAAUGGCAUCUCCACAUAUCUGCUUAACAUUAGGCUUCUGAUCCUGUUCAACCAAAAUUAUACAUGACUCAGUUUUUCCACUGAUGCCUGUCCAACCUCUGAAAAGGGUUUGAAUCUGUUUCAGUGACAGCAGACAAACUGCAUGUUUUCAAAGUGUCAUGAGCUGCUAACAUUAUAGAGGAGGCGGAAGUGAUGUCACUGCUCUUUGCCUCGACGUGCCCUCUGCUGCAGCUUCUUGCCCAGAUGUUGGCUCCACUUCUCCUUCCAUGUGUGGGUCAGUAGUGCGCUUCUUUGUUAUUGGCACUCUGGAUUAUUUAAAGAGGAAAGUUAAAAUCAAACAAACAAAGGCAGGAAUUGAAAAUGCUAAUAAUGUUGUGUUUCUAAACUGUUAAUAAAGAAUCUUUUU